CGAUUUGACUACUGGCCCUUCGUGCUGGGAUGCCAGGGCUUCGCCACCGGCCGGCAUUGCUGGGAGGUGGAGGUGGGGGACGGCGGGGAUUGGGCUGUGGGAGUAGCCCGUGAGUCCAUCCGUCGGAAGGGGCAGCUCAGCCUCUGCCCACAGGGAGGGAUCUGGGGGGUGGAGAAGUGGGGGGGACAAAUUCGGGCGCUCACCACCCGCAAGGUGACCCUCCUACCCCUCCGUUGGAUGCCACGGCGGGUCAGCGUCCACCUGGACUAUGCCAGAGGGACGGUGGCAUUCUUCGAUGCCGAUGAAGGGGGGCUCAUGUUCAUUUUUUCCCAAGCCUCCUUCACCGGGGAGAGGGUCCGCCCAUGGCUUUGGGUGGUGGGGGCCAGGUCCCGGCUCAGGCUGUGUCCCUGA